GCUGCGUCUAGGGGAAAUCAUGACGACAUGCCACGUCAAAAGUGCAACAAUAUUUUUUGAGGCUUUUUUUCCCCGUAGCACCGACAAAGACGAGUUAGAGAGCACAUAAUAUUACAACCGUACCUACAUCAAAUUAUCCAUAGAGGUCGGUGCUGAGAACCGUACCAAAGGCGAUUUCUAAACGCCAGCUGGUGCUUUACCGCAGCAAAUAUCAAUAAAGAUCCCGAUAUAUUUAUGACGAUACUCGCCGCUAAGCUGAAGUGCCCUUCUGAAAUCGGGCAUUUCGAUGUGGCGUGGGAUGCCUGUGCCAAUCAUAUCAUCUCAGCCUCAAUGAUCCCCCCAUGGUAUCGCGGGUCCUACAGCCAAGAACCCCUGGUGUGGCAUCUAUCGAGCGUCAGCUUCACCGCUCUGGCUGCGUCCACCGCGACAGGCAAGGUGUUGGUGCCGUCGCCGGCCCGCGGGCCUCCCCUCCUCGUCCGUCACUUGACGACCUGCCCACAUUGUGCACCCGACGGAGCCAACAUCAUCAGGCAAGCGCCAAACUAUUCCAUAACUGAUCCGGCGCCGUGGAGCAGGCGGGGGGGAUACCUGUUGGGGGCCGGGAAAAGAGGCGAGACCCUGAUCGACUUGAAAUCCCCCAGCCAGGAGAACAGCGCAAGACGGGGGUGGGAUCGCGUUGCUGCUCCGCCCUGCGGCCAAGGCCGGGCUUCUGUCAUUGGUUGUGUUGGUACUCGAUGUGCACGAUUUGAUGCACGCGCGCUUAGAUUAGUCUACCACGAUCCCGGAGGCCGUCGCGUAAGGCAGACAAGAGGGCAGAGGAGGAUAGGCAAGGAGAAGGAUGGCGCCUAGUCGUAGGCAUGUCAUCAUCCGCCCGCAUAUUUAAAUAAGUACAAGACUAGGCUGCCAGCCAGACCGAGAACUCUCAAGAAGAAGAGAAAAAAAAAUCUUCCCCUCUCACAUUCCCGUUCCCAUCGCGAGAUUUUAUUUCCAUCAUAGACAGAGAGUCUCUCUCCGUGAAGCAGGA